CCGGAGGAGAAGGUUGUUGUGUGGAGGGAAGGGGAAGGCGGAGUUUCCCCGUUACUGCGAGAUGUGCUGAGGCGAUGGUGCCGCCGUCCUCCCCGCUCCUGGCCCUCCUCGUUCUCCUCCUUUUCCCCGGCGAGCAAGGCCUCUCCCAGAGACACCUGAGGGGCGGAAGAAGAAGGGCCCCGGGGCCCCCCGUCGUCUUGGUGCCAGGAGAUUUGGGUAAUCAGCUAGAAGCGAAGUUGAACAAGCCAUCGGUUGUGCACUACCUUUGCUCCAAGAAGACGGAGAGCUACUUCACCAUAUGGCUGAACUUGGAACUGCUGCUUCCGGUCAUCAUUGACUGCUGGAUCGAUAAUAUCAGGCUUGUAUACAAUCAGACUAGUGGUGCCACUGGACCACCAGAUGGGGUUGACAUCAAAGUCCCUGGAUUUGGACACACUUUCCCCUUGGAAUUCCUUGACCCCAGCAAAAGAAGUGUUGGGACCUACUUCUAUACCAUGGUGCAGCAUUUGGUUGAUCUGGGCUAUCAGCGGGAUGAAGAUAUUAGAGGGGCUCCAUACGAUUGGCGGAAGGCACCAAAUGAGAACCAAUACUACUUUGUGGCACUCCGCAAGCUGAUUGAGAGCAUGUAUGAAGAGUAUGCUGAACCAGUGGUCUUAAUUGCCCACAGCAUGGGGAAUAUGUACACCCUUUACUUCCUCAAGCACCAGCCUCAGGACUGGAAAGACAAAUACAUCCGGGACUUCGUGUCGUUGGGCGCUCCGUGGGGUGGAGUGGCCAAAACGCUCCGAGUGCUGGCGUCAGGUGACAACAACCGGAUCCCGGUCAUCAGCAGCCUUAAGAUCAGAGACCAGCAGCGUUCUGCCGUUUCGACCAACUGGUUGCUCCCUUACAACUACACAUGGCCUGAAGACAAGAUCCUUGUCAGCACGCCAACUGCUAACUAUACGCUCCGAGAUUACCACAAGUUCUAUACCGACAUUGGUUUUGAGGACGGCUGGCGCAUGAGGGAAGAAACGGAGGCCUUGGUGUAUGAGAUGCCACCUCCGGGGGUGCGUAUCCAUUGCCUCUACGGCACUGGCGUGGACACCCCAGACUCCUUCUUCUACGACAGCUUCCCAGACAAGGAGCCUAAAAUCUUCUACGGCGACGGGGAUGGGACGGUGAACCUGCAGAGUGCCUUACAGUGCCACAGGUGGGUGGGUCGGCAGAAGCAUGAAGUGAGGCUCCAGGAGCUGCCGGGAAGCGAGCACAUCGAGAUGCUCUACGAUCCUCAGACCAUUUCCUAUGUGGAGAAGGUUCUCUUUGGCUCCUGAUGCAUUGCAGAACAUUUCUUUGACACUUGACGGGGUCUCUUUAAGAGGAAAAGUCGAUUAUUUUGGACCCAUAUUGAAAAGCUGGCUUGUUGGGACUUGCUGGGAAUCUGUGUUGAUGUCAGUUAGGGAUCACUCAUCUCUGAUUAGUGCUCAUAACACUGUAGCGUCCUACAUUGAAAAGGCUCAGCCCAGCUGCAUUUAGGCACCUCUAGUGCAAUACCCACUGUACAUAUAGUUGAAUGUAUCAGGGAGGACUUUCUGUACGUGCAGAGCGACAGAGACAAUGUUAGGACAGCACAAGGCUCCUCGAAUGGUCCUAAAUGGUGGAAGCUGCCAUUAAAUGAGCACACACAUGAUUCAAUAUUACAGUGGUGCCAUCCAGUCAGGUAUUGCUCUUGGAGGAGAUGAACAUUUGUGUCCUGAUAGGGUCUUUACACCACUAAGGUGUUUGUAAGGUGGAGGUAAAGAAGCAGAAGGCUCCAGACUUCCGUAAGUGCAUCUCUGAAAUUCUGAUUUGUCUGUCUGUGGUCCUAAAGAUUCAUAUUGUAAACGCUUUCUGGAAGGAAGUGGAUUUUCAGUGUUGUUGAGGGACAUUAGCUGCUGUUUGAAUGCUUGUGUGACUGUUAUUUAUUGUUCCAAAAGGCCAAGGCUGCUCCAGGAAUGUUCUGGGUGAGAUGUGUCCUUCUUUCAAUCUAGAGUGGCCACUUGACAGCAUUUGCAAGCUGCCGGCUGCACUGCUUUUGUUACUGGAGUGAGUUUCCUGAAUUCUUGGCUGUUACUUGGAUACAGCGUCUUGAAGGGAGAGUCCAUUUUUCUUACACUAUGACCCCUCUUCUGUAUUUUGCUGACUUUAUUUCCUAGGAAGGGGAGCACAUUUGGAGCUGCAAUUGGAGGACAUGCCCCUAGAGAACACAUUAGAGCAGGCAUGGGCAAACUUUGGCCCUCCAGGUGUUUUGGACUCCAACUCCCACCAUUCCCAACAGCCUACCGGCUGUUAGGAAUGGUGGGAGUUGGAGUCCAAAACACCUGGAGGGCCAAAGUUUGUCAAGUUUACACAUCAUGCUUGUAAUGACCCACAGAAGGCCUUAUGGCUGAGCGAUGUGCCAAAUGACCAGCAAAAAGAAUGUCCAGCAGUUGCCUGGCACAAAUAACCCCGAUGCCUUGAAUCCAGCAUAUUACUGAGUGUGGGUCGAAAUCUAGCUAAGGCCUGUGUUUGAAACCCUGAAAGCACAAAAUCCAGGAAAGUUAUACGACAAUGCCCCAGAGAGCUAAAAGUUCCGGGCGAACCAAACUCGGAAACAACAAUAUCCUGGAGAGCUAAAAGUUUUGAGCAAGCCGAAAUCGAAAACAACAAUGUCCUGGGGAGCUAAAAGUUCCGAGUGAGCUCAGCUCAUAAACUACAAUGUCUUGGAGAGCUAAAAGUUCC